AUGCGCGUUCUUAUUGCCAACGACAAAUUCAAGGGAUCCCUUCCAGCUCCCAAAGUCGCACAAGCAAUUCAGGAAGGAUUACCUGCAAACUCCGAGGUAGAUCUCUGCCCCAUCGCUGAUGGCGGGGAAGGGUUCACCGCGACCAUGCUCGCAGCCCUCGGUGGUCGAUGGAUGGAAUGCGACACCGUCGACGCUCUCCACCGCCCUCUCAAAGCCCGUUACGCCAUCACAAACACCGGUCUCGCAGUCAUGGAAAUGGCAUCCGCCUCGGGAUUCGAACUCAUCCCAGAAAACGAUCGCGACAUCCUUCAAUCAUCCACUUACGGCACCGGGCUCAUGAUCCGACACGCAGCCGGACAAAAAGAGGUGGAACGAAUUCUCAUCGGCAUCGGCGGAUCCGCCACGAAUGACGGCGGCGUGGGAAUGGCCGACGCUCUCGGCAUCCUCCUCCUAGAUUCCGAAGAAGAACCACUUCCUCCAUGUCCCGCCGGACUGGACACUCUCGCCACGAUCGACCGCGAUCAGCUCAUCGAUCUGCCACCCAUCGAUGUCGCCUGCGACGUUGACAAUAUUCCAGUCCUCGGCCCUAACGGAGCCACCGCCAUCUUCGCGCCGCAGAAAGGAGCCUCGGAAUUCGAGCAACUGGAGCUUGAAGCAUUCCUGGCCCACCUCGUUAAAAUCACUGGAGCGGAAGAUCUCGCCAAAAAGCCCGGAGCAGGAGCCGCCGGAGGACUUGGCUUUGGCCUGAUGCAUUUCCUUGGAGCCGAACUUCACUCCGGUUUUGACCUCGUCUCCAAGGCACUCGACUUACCCACCCGAAUCAAGCAAGCCGACCUCGUCGUUACCGGUGAAGGAUCACUCGAUGCCCAAUCGCUCUCCGGAAAGGGCCCCGUCGGCAUUGCCCGACUGGCAAGCGACCUUGGAACUCCCACCAUCGCCAUCGCCGGGCACAUAUCCGAAGAAGUCCGCCAGUCCGGACUCUUCGAACACUGCGGAGCCCUCACUGACUUCGAUCUCCCGAUCGAAACCCUCAUGUCUGAUACCGCCAAUCUCCUGACGCGCAAAGUUCGUGAGCUAAGUGACUUGCUCCCCCUGCUCGGACAAGCUUAG